AACCACACGCAUUAUGGGCAAUAGUGGUCAGUUGCUAUUUAAUUUGCCACAAGACGACAAGUCCCACAAUGCAUUGCUUUUGUGCCUUCAUAAAUUCAGGUGGCCACCGUGUUUACUAAAAUGAGACUAGAUAAAAUACGAUACCGCUGUCAAAGUAAAUAUAGCAUGAUGUCAUGUUGUUGAGAUAGCUAGCGUGCCCUUGAUCUCCUUUUGCGAUUUGUGAGUUGCUGAAAUUGUCCGCUAGCAAAUAUCUGUUUAUACUCGUCAGCGGCGUUAACGAGAUAUACAGCUAUAAAAGUUAGCAUUAGCAAGCUACUGUAGUUAGCCAAGUAUUUAUGCCUUGAUUGGCGCAUUAGUUAUAUUUUACUUUAGUGUUUGGUGUCAAGUCAGCUAGCUAGUAUCGAUUACGAACUAGUAACGUUAGCUAACGUGCUUGCUUCAAACCACAGGUAACGUUAGCUAGCUAAACAGCUAGUCAGGUAACAGUUAGCAAAUUCGACUUGCUAACUUUGGCUAGCCUCACAGCUGGAUCUUUCCACGAUGUGAGUUGGUGCUCGCCUUGCGCAUCAGCUAGUGUUUGUUUACAAUCCUAAGAUGUACACCUUAUUAUCUGGUCUGUACAAAUACGUGUUCCAGAAGGACGAAUACUGCAUCUUGAUCCUAGGACUGGACAAUGCAGGAAAAACGACCUUUCUGGAACAGACUAAGACCAAGUUCAGUAAGAACUACAAGGGAAUGAAUUUGUCCAAAAUCACCACUACAGUUGGGCUUAACAUCGGCACAAUUGAUGUGGGCAAGGCUCGUCUAAUGUUCUGGGACCUUGGUGGUCAAGAGGAGCUUCAGUCGCUGUGGGACAAAUACUAUGCUGAGUCCCACGGAGUGAUCUAUGUGAUAGACUCCACCGACGAGGAGCGCCUAUCAGAAUCAAAAGAGGCUUUUGAGAAAAUGAUCAGCAGUGAGGUUUUGGAAGGUGUGCCUCUCCUGGUGCUCGCCAACAAGCAGGAUGUGGAGAACUGCAUGUCUGUACCAGACAUCAAAACCGCUUUUAGCGACUGUGCUCCAAAGAUUGGGAAAAGAGAUUGCCUGGUGCAGCCUUGCACAGCGCUAACAGGGCAGGGGGUUAACGAAGGCAUUGAGUGGAUGGUGAAGUGCGUCAUCAGAAACAUUCACCGGACACCGAGACAGAAGGACAUCACAUAGAACAAGCCAUGACCUUCCCAACUCCAGAGCUCCCACAACCAGGAGGUAUUCAUUUGGCACCAAAUGGUAGAAAACAGACUGAAACAGGGAGGGACUAUAUGGACUUACUGUCUAAUAUGAACCAUUUUCGAUUGAAAUGCAACCUUAAUGAAUACGAACGACCCAGGUGUCCCUUUUACUACAAUGUGACAUCCAGAAACCGUGAUGAACUCUACCCAACCCCCGGCUCCAUGUCCUCUUAUUUGGGUGCUCUGAACUCAUUUAGUUUUCAGAUGCAGCUUAGCGUCAAGGUGAUACAAUUGGGGAAACAAUUGAUUAUUGUGUAUUAUUUGCAUUUGUACCUUGAGGUGUAAAGCUUUUGAAGGCUUUUUCCUUUUGGCCUCAGCUAAUGUGUGUCUUUCUGAUCAAACUAUUAUAGCGUCAUCGUGUCGUUAGUUUCUCCCUGGCUCUAAGUACCUCCCUUCGGUAAUAUAAUUCCAGGACCUCUAUUCAUAAAGCAUCUCUGAAUAGGAGUACUGAUCUCUAGAUCAGUUUAGCCUUUUAGAUCAUAAAGAAUCAGAUUUAUAUGGAUUAUAUUACUCUCAACCCAAUUAGGCUUAGUCUCAUUUAACGGUCAAGAGGAUGAAACAUGACAACUUUAUGAUUCAUAUUAUGCAAAGACACUACAUGUAAUGGAAUUUUACAUUGUGACAGAGGGUCAACGAUAUAUUCAUAGACGGGAAAUACUAGUUUUCGAGUUUGCAAUGCUGUGUGUGGUGUUUGUGUAUGGUUGAGUACCAAAUGGCACCCCAUAGUGCUCUGGUCAAUAGUAGUGCACUGUAUAGGGAAUAGGAUGCCAUUUGGGACACGCACUCUCUUUUUACUCGGUCAGUCUAACCUGAUGACAUAUGUAAAGUAAUGCCUAUGAUCAGGCUGAAAACGUAUUUUAAUUACAGUAUGAAGAAGAUUAUGUAAUAAACAUUUCAGAACAGUUAACUGUAGUUUGACUUGACCUUUGGUUCUUAGAUUUCUGUUGGUGUGAUGAAUCAUAUAUAGAAUGUCAGCAGUUUUUAUUUUUUUAAGGAGAUCGGAAAUUCCGGUUCCUUUAUUAUAUUCUUUCUGAGACAGACCACUAGGAAGGUAGAGUGGGAUACACAUGAAGAGGGGAAAACCGACAUGAUGGGAUUCAAAGCCUAGUCACCAGGGUAAUGGUAAUACUUUAUCAGUUGAAGUUAGUUGAUUUUUUUCAUCAGAAUGUUCUUACUCACCUGCAUGUAAUACCCACUGGAAAAUGUAUUAAGUUAUUACGUUCAAGUUCAACAUGUUUAUUAUGCUAUCUGGUGAUUUAUUACAUAAAAUAAGAAAACAUAUUCCAUUAUGGCAAGUUAUGCAGUGUUACUGCGAUAUCUGUUGUUCCAGGGUGUAAACUUGUUUGAAUACAUUUGACCACCAAUCUCUUAUUAUAGACCUUACUUAUACAAAUGCUCGCAUUCCUAAAUAUUGGACUGAGUGAGGUAGUGGUGGUCUCCCAUCGCUUUAUUCAAACCUAUUGAUUCCACUUCACAAGGUCCCUGGAUCUAUCUAUUUGACUUACAGUGCCUUCAGAAAAUAUUUAUACCCUUUGACUUAUACUACAUUUUGUUGAGUUCAACAUGGAUUAAAUGUGUUUUUUCUCA